UCCAAUGGCUUCUUUGAGUUGCUUGCUUCUGGCUCGAGUCAUAGGACCUUCAGAUAUGGCUAGAGCUCCUCCAUCAGCUGGAUCAUCCAUGCUCUCAUUAUCUUCUUUGUUUGACUGGUCCAUGAUCAUAUCAUGGUCGAAAUUGGCACUUUUCCCCUGCAAACAUAUGCCAAAGUUGCAUCUUCCACGACAUAAAGAACAACUUUCCAUGACAUCAUCUUGAGACAAAUGAGUGUACCAUUUCUCUAUACAUGGAAGAUAAUACAAUCCCUCUUCACAAACAGUGCAAAUGUAUGUCGAUACGUUUCUUCUUUAAAGCACCGGUGACAAAUUGUAAGGUCCCCAAAAUCUACAUGUGAAAGUGAAAACAUAAUAGAAGAAAGAAAUCAUGAAUAUCAGACAGAAAUUAUUAUACCGUCCUACUACUGCAAACAUGUGCUGACCAUUUUUUCUGUUUGAAGCGUUUAGGCCUUCAAACUUUUGAAGUCAAUACGUUUCCAGAAUAAAGCCGCUGGACUAGCAACAUCAAAGAAUGGAAACGAAUGGCAUGAAAUUGAAGGAGAGGGCUUGUAACCCUAUACAAAUAUUCAAGAAUUGUCGAAGUGGAAUCGAAUGAUUUGACUCACCAAUAGAACACCGACUUGCACCUAGAAGGAAGGACAUACAUGUCAGUAUUCCUAAGAAUUUCCUGCAAUCUUAAGAGGUAACAUGUUGGAGAGAAGAUCCAACAUAUAUAAUGGACUUAAUAAUAUAUAAAGGACUUGUACCACUCCACUUACCGCCAAUUAGUUUUAAGUUAGAAGCCAAAGAAACUUAUCAUGGUAUCAAAGCGGGUCCGGAAAGUGUCCCGAUCAUCCCGCGAAUUGAUGGCCCAAGGAAGGCUCAAUUUCUUUGAGAUAACUAGAAAAAAACAUUAUCUCGGAGGGAUACAAUGGAUUAACAUAGGGCCACUGGAGGCUUACCGGAGAUUGGAACAAAUAUCAUAGACAUUAUUAUUUCAUUUGGUUGAAUGAAGGUUGUAGAAAGUUGUUCGAGGAUAAGGUUUAUAUAACUGGAAAACAAAGGAGGUGAAAAGGAUAUCGGUUAUGUCAUGAAGGUAGGAGUAAAAGAUCAAAUUGAAUGAGGAAUAACUACACUAAAACGGAGAUUUGCAUGGUUAGGGAUGGGUUUCCGUUGAAACGAUAGAGGGGAUGGAAGAGUCGUAGGUGACAUCUAUGGCUAAAAAGAUAGUGGGCUUUAACUGAAAUGACCCGAUUGAAAUUUUACAAAGUCUAGUUGAAUAGAUGAUAGUUUUGAUGUUAGUAGAUUACAUGUCAAAUAGCAGCCUCAUGAUUGGAUGAUCUUUUAAUCCAAUGUGAUAUACUUUUCCAUUGAAAAUAUUCAACUUUAAGUAUUGGAAGAUGACAGCGAAAUCUUCUUAGAUUUUAGAACACCAAUUGCUUAUACUUUAAAACAUCCAUUAAUAUUUAAUUUUUAUUAGAUUUGUAUAAUUUAUUAGCUAAGAUAUUAAUAUUUGUGGAUUGUGCAUGUUUUAACACUUAUUUUUGUUAGUUUUAAAAAGACUACCAUUUUUAUUUUUAAAGCAUGAGUUUUAUUUUUUUUAUUUAUUUACAUUUACAGUCUUAUGUUGUAAUUUAUUUAAGUUUUAAGUUUUUAAGUUUUUAAGUUUUUAAAAAUAUCAUGAAGAUUAGAGGAGAAUAAAUACAUGAAUGAAAUGAGGGCAUAUCUUGAAAGAUAACCAAUCAAAUUCAACAAAGAAAAGUCACGAUUGGUCAUUUGACCGAUCUCACAAACCUGAACAUUAAAAUGAACAUGAGUUGAGAUUUCUCACUGGUGCACCAUAGAUUAGUCAAAUGAUUGUUGAAACUUGGUAUACAACAUGCAUGACAUCAAUAUCAUUGAAACAGUCAAAUGACUGAUUUUACAAACUGAUUUAAAACAUAAAAAUGAGAAAAGGUUACAGAGAUCAGUCAAAUUAUCAAUUUUGUAGAUGAUUCAACAUAUAUUUUAUGUAGCAUUUUAGAUACGACCCAUAUUUACUCUCCGUCGAUCCGAACUAAACAUAUUUUUAUAUAUAUUGAUUAUACUUUGAGCGUCAGAAAAUUGAUUAUACUAUAUCUACUAUAUUGAGUAAUCAUAUCUAUUAUUAUAAAGGCAUGUUUGAUCUUUUCUGGUGCUGCCACGUAAGCUUCCACAUGGGUAAGUUGCUUGAUCUCGCGCUGACACGUGUCUCUAAAGACGGAGCGCUGCGUUUCAUUAAACGGGACGCGUUUUCGUCUGGGCUUCGUUCGAUCUUCUUUUGCUGGGCCUUUUGCACUCCUAGCCCGAAAGAUAUCGACGUCUCCAACCCUAAUUACGCGUUACUCUCGCGUCUCUCUUUUCUGCGCCGGCGACGCGUGACGCCUGCGAUUCCUCCCUCUUAGAUGAAACGGCCGGAGUUAUGUCGUCAUCUUUAUUCCAAUUGAAUUCAAUCCCUCGCUCAGACUCUUCGAUGCACCUUUUGAUCCCGAGCAGUGUGGAUCUGUAUAAAUAUGUAAGUAUCUAUAGAUCUCCAACGCACUCUCUCCUUCUUUCUCUUGAGAUUUUCUGAUUCCUGUUGCUAUGGCUAUUUCGAGAGUCUUCUUAUCUGACCUAAAGCCCGACAAAUGCUCUUCCAUCGUCGAAGCCCGGCUUCUACGGUUCUGGGAGGCGAGGAACGUCAAACGCGGUGGCGAGCUGAUGUGGGUCGAUAUGCUGCUUAUGGACGUGAAUGUAAGUUUGAUUCUUCCUGUUCUCCUUAGAUCUGUUUACGUUCGUUUUCUGAUUUCUAAAUCUUAUCUGUUUCAGUCGACUUUGAUGCAAGCUACUAUCAACGCGAAUCGGCUUCCAAAGUUCCGAGAGAGGCUCGCCGCCGGGACGAUGUAUUCUGUUUCUGGCUUUGAUGUGGCUCGCUGUGCUCAGAACUUCAAGCUUGCGGACUCUUCUUUGAUGAUCCGGUUUAGCGAUUCCACCGAGUUUGACGUGUUAUCUGAUCCGGUCUCGCCAAUACCUGCAGUGGGAUUCCGGUUCCGUAACCAAACCGAGUUGGUUGGUUUAGCCAAUACAAACACUCAACUUCUAGGUACAGAUGUGAUCGUACAUAUGUAUAUUUAUCUGUAUGGGUUUUGUGCUUUAUCUGAUUAGCCUCUGAGCAUUUGAUCUCAAUAUUGAACACUGUAGAUAUUAUUGGUGAGAUCGUGUCGGUGAAGAGCACCGUGACUGACCCUCCGGAGGACAAGAACCGUGUCAUGGUCACCGUCAAACUAGAAAAGUGAUUUAAUUUAUUUCUUUUAAAUCUUUUAUAGUUGCUUAAUCAUUUUAGCUACACUAUCUGUUGAUAUAUAUGUGCAGUGAUGUGUCUGUCACUCUUAGUUUGUUCGACGCCCAAGCCGUUUCGUUUCACCAGAAGCUUGGAGGCAUGCGUGGUGAUCCUAAAGUGAUUGUUGCCACAAGCAUAAACCCGAAGAUGGUUGGAGGUAUUUUGUUGCUCAUUUCGUACGUGGCAUAUAUUAAUAUGUGUAAUUCUCUUUUCAGUUAUUUUUCCUACUAUGUGUAGGUCGUUUAUUCCUCAACGCGACGUCAGGAACGCAUGUUUAUUAUGAUAAGGAGACACAUGCAGGGGAGUCUUUAUUUUACCGGUAAGCUUGGUCUAUUUUGAUUAUGUAGUCAUAUGUUGAGAGUUUGUGAUGUUAACUUCGUGAACUUAUGGUCAGAUUGGUGGCUAGAGACACUGGUCUUCCGUCCGCCGCACCUCUCUUGAAGUCUUAUGCGAAGGUGGAGCUUGUGACAAUUGCUGAGCUUAACAAUUUUAUCACUACAGAUCUGCCCCAGGUAAUGAGUUAUGUAUAUGCAAUUAGCUCAUUCGUGUGUUUAUGUAUAAAGAUUGUUUUUUGACUGCACGUGAUGUUGAUGUUUGAGCAGCAGGAAAUAGAUUUCUUAUGAACUGGGAGAGUUUCUCGAGUUGAAGCGGACAAAGGGUGGUGCUAUGUUGCGUGUUCUAAGUGCAGCAAGAAGUUGCAGCGCACUGCCACUUCUUUCGAAUGUGCGCGUUGCAAUAAUCCUCAUGCGGUCGGAUCUCUGCGGUACGUAGCGAUUUGUUAAAAUAUGAUAGUUGGUCGCCUUUUUGAUCACUUGCAUCACACUGAUUCCACUUCGGUUUAUUUGUUCUAUUAUAGUUAUCGCGUUGAGAUGGUUGUAACUGAUGAUACUGCUGAAGGGGCAUUUGUUUGCUUUGAUGGUGUUAUGACUAGGUUGCACAGUCUCAGGGCAAGUGAGGCGGUUCAGUUACUGGUAAGAUAUACUUUGAUUACUUAUGUGGUUACUAUGUAAUGUUGUUGACACGCUCGAUGCUUCCAUUUGAUGACAAGGCUGAAGAAGGAGUGAACCCUGAGGAUUCCGUGAUGCCUCCGUUCGUUGCAGGAAUGGAAGGCAAGACCUAUACGUUCCAGGUCCGUGUCACAUCCUACAACUUCACCGUCAAUCACCAGACGUUCACCGUGUCACGUAUCAUCAAUGAGGUUGAGCGUGCACCAGCUCCGGACUUUGUCGAUGAUGGGGGUGAUGACAAUGAUGAUGAUGAUGCGCCAAACGGGACGAUCGACCGUGAGAAGUCUGGUGUCAGCAAGGGCAGUUGUGAAUCAUCAAAGAGUGCUGGAAAGGAGCCAGUCGGUAAUGUGCGCAAGAGGGCGCGUAUUGCUUGAGAUGGAUCUUCGAUAAUCAUCUCUCGAUGUUCUGCAUCUUAAUAAUGUUUCCGCAUUCUACUUAUUCUCAGCUUUCCUAUAUCUAUGUUAUAGAUUUUCUACAUUCACGUUGGUCUUUUUUU